AUCUUCCUUAGUCGGUCACCUAUCACACUCGAGAGCAUCACUAAAAUUUCCCGUCUCCUCUUUAUUUCCUUAAUUCGGGACUCUGUUAUUGCACAUUUUCCGUCCUUGUAGAACUUUGGAAAUAUGUCUCAGGUUGUGCUCAUUUCAGAGUGUUUUGUCCAACCCAAGUCCGAGAUUCAAGACUCACAAAAGCACCAUUACUUUAGUCCUCUAGCUUUAGAAUUGCUGUCACUAGGAAACACACAAUAUGGUCUUCUUUUCAAACCCUCAGCAACUUUCAGUUCUAAGAAUAUCUAUAACAACCUACAAACCUCUCUUUCUCAUGCCCUUGACUUUUUUUACCCCUUGGCUGGUCGCUUCGUUACCAAAAAAUAUGAAGAUGAACAUAGUUGCUCUAUAUUCAUCGAUUGCCGUAAGGGUCCCGGAGCUAGGCUCAUCCAUGCUUCGGCCUUAGAGCUUAGUGUAGCUGAUGUUGCCGAAACCAGCACAGAUGUACCUCUGGUGAUCCAGUCAUUCUUUGAUCUCGGCGAGCGACAAGUUAAUCAUGACGGCCACACCAGAGCAUUGUUAUCGCUUCAGCUGACAGAACUUGCUGAUGGGUUUUUUAUUGGAUGCUGCAUCAACCAUUGUAUUGCUGAUGGCAUAUCUCUGUCUCAUUUUCUUAAUAUCCUGUCACAGAUAUUCGUUUCUGGAGCAGAAACAACACAUGUCUCACGCCCACCUGUCUUUGAAUUACCCCGUUCAAUUUCUGAAAGCUAUCCAACCCUGAAAUUACCAUUCAUGGAAGAGAAUGAAUUCAUAACCCGAUUCAACGAAAGCCAUCUAUUAAGAGAUAGAAUAUUUCAUUUCUCAGCUUCAUCAAUGGCAAAACUCAAGGCCAAAGCCAAUGCCGGGGCCAAAAACAUGCUACCAACACUAUCUUCUUAUAAGGCCUUGUGUGGGCUUAUCUGGAGGGCCAUUACUCGAGCUCGGAAAUUAUCCUGUGAUGAAGACACCAAAUUUAUAUUGACAGUAAAUAUUAGGCCUCGUUUAAACCCACCUUUAUCCCCUGACUAUUUCCCAAACUCCGUUGUUCUAGCAAUAGCGACUGCGAAGGUUGGUGAGCUGCUCACGAAGGACUUAGGUUGGGCAACCAUGCUGAUCCACCAGCAGGUCGAGGCUGUAGAUGAUGGAGCUGCUCGUAAAGCAUUGGUGUUGUCACCUGGGAAGAGUCUGACAGUGGAGCCACCGGGGCAUAUAUCGUUUGGCGCUAACCCUAUUGUUAUGGGUGGUUCACCCAGAUUUGAUUUUUAUGGAGCUGAUUUUGGAUUUGGUAAACCAGUUGCUGUUAGGACUGGCUACACCAACAGAGAUGAUGGGAAGCUUACAUCUUUUCCAGGGUGUCUUGGUCCUAAUAGUGUUGAUCUACAAGUUGGCAUUGAAAACAUGAAUGACCUUUUGUUGGAUGAGGAAUUCAUGAGCUAUGUUUCAUCAGCAUCUAAAAGUUAGCCUUGAAAACAUGAAUGAGCUUUUGCUGGAUGACGAAUUCAUGAACCAUGUUUCAUGAGCUUAAUGUCAUAUGAGGAUUUGUUUAUGGCAUUGGCAAUGAACAACCGCGUACAUUACAUGGA